CGUCGUCGAACUCAGAAGAACACGAUAAACGUGAAUCGGAAAAGGUUCAUCUGUUCUUCUUCUUCUUCAAUCAGCUAAAAUCGUCGCCAUUGAAAUGGCCACUGAAACGGUUCACGACUUCAUUUUCCGGUCGAAAUUGCCGGAUAUCUACAUCCCUAAGCACCUACCUCUGCACUCGUACUGCCUUCAAGAAAAGAUGGCAGAGAUCGGCCACCGGACCUGUCUAAUCAAUGCCGUCACUGGUGAGUCCUUCACUUAUUCCGACGUCGACCUCGCCGCUCGCAAGGCCGCCUCUGGAUUGUACAAACUCGGUAUUGCAAAAGGCGAUGUGAUCAUGCUCCUCCUCCCGAACUCACCGGAAUUCGUCUUCGCUUUCCUCGGCGCCUCGUACCUUGGCGCGAUUAUGACGGCGGCGAAUCCUUUCUUCACUGCGGCAGAGAUCGCGAAGCAAGCGAAAGGAUCGAAGGCGAAAUUGAUAAUCACGCAAUCGUCGUAUUACGAGAAAGUGAAGGAAAUAACAGAGCAAUUACCUGAUGCUAAAAUCAUGACCGUCGAUUCUCCGCCGCUAGGUUGCUUAUCGUUUGCCGAUUUAAUCCAGGGAGGCGAUCAUGAGAUUCCGGCGGUGGAGAUCAGUCCGGACGACGUCGUUGCUCUGCCGUACUCCUCUGGAACCACUGGAUUGCCGAAAGGAGUGAUGCUAACACAUAAAGGAUUAGUGACGAGUGUGGCUCAGCAAGUGGAUGGAGAAAAUCCGAAUCUGUACUACAGAAACGACGAUGUGAUUUUGUGCGUUUUGCCGCUUUUUCAUAUCUAUUCGCUUAAUUCGGUUCUGCUCUGCGGGUUGCGCGCCGGUGCGACGAUUUUGAUCAUGCCUAAAUUUGAGAUUGGUUCGCUUUUGCAAUUGGUGGAGAAAUACAGAGUUUCAAUUGCGCCGAUUGUGCCGCCGAUUGUUCUCGCCAUUGCGAAGUCGCCGGACUUGGAGAAAUACGAUUUGUCGUCGAUCAGAAUGAUUAAAUCUGGCGGAGCUCCGCUUGGGAAGGAGCUUGAAGAUACCGUGAGGGCCAAGUUUCCCAAGGCUGUGCUCGGCCAGGGAUAUGGAAUGACAGAGGCGGGUCCUGUACUAACGAUGGGUUUAGCAUUUGCGAAGGAGCCAUUUCCGAUGAAACCAGGAGCCUGCGGCACCGUCGUGAGAAACGCCGAGAUAAAGAUCGUCGACACCGAAAACGGCGGCUCAUUGCCCCGAAACACGCCGGGAGAGAUCUGCAUCAGAGGCGAUCAAAUCAUGAAAGGCUAUCUCAACAAUCCGGAGGCAACGGCCGCCACAAUCGAUAGCGAAGGCUGGUUGCACACCGGCGAUAUCGGCUUGAUCGACGACGAUGACGAACUGUUCAUCGUCGAUCGGUUGAAGGAACUGAUUAAGUACAAGGGAUUCCAAGUCGCGCCGGCGGAACUCGAAGCUCUGUUGCUCACUCAUCCGGUCAUCUCCGAUGCCGCCGUCGUUCCAAUGAAAGAUGAAGAAGCUGGAGAGGUUCCCGUUGCGUUCGUAGUGAAAUUGAAGAACUCCGAAGUGACUGAGGAUGAAAUUAAACAAUUUAUAUCAAAACAGGUGGUUUUCUACAAGAGAAUAAACCGGGUUUUUUUCAUAGACGCAAUUCCGAAAUCGCCCUCCGGCAAGAUCUUGAGGAAGGAGUUGAGGGCAAAGUUGGCAGCUGAUUUUCCAAUUCCUAAUUAAUUUCCUUUUUCUUUUUAUUAUUAUUAUUAUUAUUAUUAUUUUUUCUUUGCAAUUUCACCCACUACUAAAUGCCAAUGCAAGUCUCUUAUUUUA